CACAUUUGACCUCAUAAAAGGAUCCCAAUUUCCGACACCGGCAUCUCCCUCCGUUCUCCCCUGCGCUGCCGCCCCCGAAUUCUCUUCCAGAGCUUCCCUACCUGCUACCGCCGCCUCCUCCUCCUCCUUUCCUCUCUGGAGGAAUCUUUGAUGGAAAGACCUGCGGAGGAAAUCGUAUCAGCGUCGUUGAAGAAGCUUGCUUUGAUUUCCACCUCCUUGAAUCCCAAUUCUUCUCGUUCCAUUCCAACCCUUCAACCUUCCAGAUUUCGUAGACAGAAGGGAAGGCCUCCAAGCUUGGCGAGCUUGUGUCUGGGAGUUCUGGGCAGGCAUCUGGAUGAUGUAAUUGGAGAGUUGAGUGAGAUAUCUGUCGGCUUUCCCGCUCAUAUUAAGCUUGCAAUUGUAGCGAUUGCCCGGCGACGGAAAUUGUUGAAUGAUGAUGUGAUCGUUUCGUUAGCCGACAGUUCCUGGGAAAUUCUUGACAUUUCCGGGUCAGAUGUUACUGAUGUCGGUUUGGCUGAAGUUUCGAUAAUAUGCAGCCAAAUCACGGCUGUGGAUAUAAGCCGAUGCAGUCAGAUUACCCGUGCUGGUGUGGCUGAACUCGCACAGCACUGCAAGUCGUUGCAGACAUUGAGAUGCGGAGGAUGCCCAAGGAGCAAUUACACUGCACGUCGUAGCUUGGGUGUAUUGAAGCCAAAACUGAUUGAUCUGGAAGGAGAUUCUUGGGAGGAACUUGAUGCUGCAGAAAUUGCUCAUGGUGCUGAAUCCCUUCGGUGGCUUAUUUGGCCAAUGAUUGAUAAAAAUUCGCAAGAAACUCUAGCUGCUGAAUGCCCACGCAUCAUAGUCAAUCCCAAGCCAUCACCUUUGGGUUUCCGUGGACUCGAGGUCCCCCUUGAAGCAUAUGCAGACAUUCCAUUGGACAAUUCAGUUGUGAAGGAUAUUAAUCCGACCACUUGGGCUGUAUGUGGUUUUGUGCCGAGAUCUGUGUCACCAAGCGUUUCAGAGAACACCGAGAUUGAGCUGUCGAUGGCCGAAAGAUUCAGACUUGCAUUUGUCGAAAGAGACACAAGGUUGGCCCCCAAGCGAGCAAAGAAUGCCAGGCAGCAUCAGCGUCGUGCUGAGCGGGAGAUGUUGAUGAGUAGCACGAACGCCAAGGCUAUAGCUCUUGCCUCCAGAGCUACCAAAUCAUUCCAUGGUAAAACCUAAAAGCAAAACAGCUGCGACACAAACGUAGCAUCAUAUUGUUGUAUUUUUGGCUUGGAAGUUCUGUAACUGGCGUAUAUAGUUCUGUAAUAUAUCAAAAUUGAGCUGAGAAGCGUUUGCUUUCGGCAGUCAGCAUGUGAAUUGAGAAUAUUUGCAUCAAGCGUUUUAUAUGGUCACCUUGAAAAUUUCCAGCAAAUUGAGUGUACUUCUAGCUUUUUCUUUCAUGAGCUAAUUGCUUUGCAAGAUGAAAUGGUUCAUCUGCCGGCAAUUGAUGAUACUAUGCUUACAGG